AUGAUUGUUACCUCCAAUUGUUGUUUACGACGUACUUUCUUCGCCCUUACUACCAACUGUCCUCCUCGAUCGCUGGCGAAACAGCAGACGCUCUCCAUCCGACGGCGAGCGCUUUCGUGUAGUAUGACUCGAUCGGAUCCAUUCAAGCCCGCAGCGCGCGUUGCUGGUCAGCGACAAGAUGUUUGGACUAUUGUAAACGAGGCGGCGGCGGCGGCACCUGAACACCUUCAGCCUGUCGUGAACAUGGGGCAGGGCUUCUUUGGCUACAACCCACCAGACUUCGUCCUUGAUGCGGCGAAAUCUGCUCUAGAUAGAGUCGAAUGUAAUCAAUACUCGCCCACAAAAGGCCGACCCAGGUUAAAGAAAGCGCUUGCCGAUGCAUACUCGCCUUUUUAUGGAAGGAAGCUUGAUCCCGAGAAAGAAAUCACAAUCACAACAGGAGCCAAUGAAGGAAUGCUAAGUGCCUUCAUGGCAUUCAUAGAAAAGGACGACGAGGUCAUUGUUUUCGAGCCUUUCUUUGACCAAUAUGUCAGUAAUAUCGAAAUGCCAGGAGGCAAGGUUGUCUAUGUGCCUAUGCACCCACCUCUACAGGGCGCAAUGAAGACGACAUCGGCUGCAGAGUGGUCGAUAGAUAUGAAAGAGUUGGAGAGUGCGAUUACCCCAAAGACGAGGAUGAUAGUUUUGAACACGCCUCACAAUCCUAUCGGGAAAGUGUUUUCAAAGGCUGAACUGCAAGCUAUCGGUGAUCUCUGCGUGAAGCAUCAGAUCAUCAUAUUAUCAGACGAAGUCUACGACACUUUAUACUACGUCCCCUUCACCCGAAUCGCGACACUGUCUCCAGAAAUUGCGAAACUUACUAUGACUGUUGGCUCAGGCGGAAAGAACUUCUACGCAACUGGCUGGCGCGUGGGCUGGCUUAUCGGGCCAGAACAUUUGAUAAAAUACGUUAGUGCUGCGCACACUCGGAUUUGCUAUAGCAGCGUCAGUCCGCUACAAGAAGCUACCGCAAUUGGUUUCGAAGAGGCUGAGAAGCAUGACUUUUGGAACAAGUCAAAGAAGGAGAUGCAAGGCAAGAUGAAGAAAUUCAACACCAUUUGGGAUGAAUUAGGACUUCCAUACUCUGAUCCAGAGGGUGGAUAUUUCGUCCUGGUUAAUAUGGCCAAGGUUCAAUUGCCCGAGGAUUAUGUGUUCCCGGAUAUCGUAGCUGACCGCCCGCGCGACUUCAAGUUAUGCUGGUACCUCAUCAAGGAGCUGGGCGUGGCUGCGAUACCACCGACUGAGUUUUUCACCCCUGAGAAUGCUCACAUUGUCGAAGACUGGUUGAGAUUCGCUGUCUGCAAGAAUGACGAUAUCCUAGAGUCAGCCCAAGAUAGAUUGAGGAAAGGUCUUAAACAGUAUAUCAAAUAG